AUGGAUGAUCAUCAAGAGGAGGGGCCGGAGAAGGUGAAGCUUUUCGGCAUGUGGGCGAGCCCCUACGUGCUCAAGGUGAGAUGGGCGCUGAGCAUCAAGGGCGUGGAGUACGAGUACGUGGAGGAGGACCUGAGGAACAAGAGCAGCGACCUCCUGGAGCACAACCCCGUGCACAAGAAGGUCCCCGUGCUGCUCUACCGCGGCAGACCGGUGGCGGAGUCCGACGUCAUCGUCGAGUUCGUUGAUGAGGCGUGGAGCCACCGCGGCGGCCGCAUCCUCCCUGACGACCCCUACCAGCGCGCCAUGGCCCGCUUCUGGGUGAGGUUCGUGCAUGACAAGCUCUCGCCGCCGAUCUGGAAGUGGUUCACGGCGGCGCCAGGCGAGGGGCAGGAGGCCGCGCUGGGGGCCGCCGUGGAGCAGCUGCAGGUCCUGGAGGACUUGCUCGCCGUCGGCGGCAAGGAGUUCUUCGCCGGGGAGAGCGUCGGGCUCGUCGACCUGUCGCUGGGCGCGAUGGCAUACGUGGUCCCGAUGUACGAGGAGAUCAUCGGCGUGAGGCUGGUCACCGAGGAGAGGUUCCCGUCUCUGUCGGCGUGGAUGGGCCGAUUCUUGGACUCGCCGCCGGUGAAGGAUCACCCGCCGCCAGUGGAGAGGCUGAAACCCAGUUUCUGCCUGCCAGGGCCGGUGGUAUUGUUACUCCUUUCCAUGGUGAUGAACAUGAAAUUACUCGAUCCGCCAUUGGAGGAGGAACCAUCGGGGGAGGGAUCUGCGGGAGGAGGCUGUGUCGGCGGCGGGGUCGGACAUGGACUUGCGGGACUUGAGGAGUCGUGCGUGAUAUCGCUCAUAUCAUCAUGCACGGACCUAUGCGAGGGAAACGGAAGUUCCACCAAUUUAGGGAAUCGCUGA